AUGACUUUUGAGGAGCGACCUGUUCAGAUCUUGGUCCGUCAGAAUCGUGCCCUGAGAAGGAAGGUGAUACCCUUGGUUAAGGUGCUCUGGAGAAGCCAAAAGUACGAGGAAGCCACUUGGGAGACGGAAGAGUCGAUGAGGCUCAAUAUGCCUCCACGACAACUGUUACCCGCUAGAGAGGAAGUUGCGCUUCGUCGUCGCUCUGCUUUCGGCCGGUUUGACCGUCACGGGCCCCCUACUUAUGAUGGUGUUGCUGAUCCUGUGGCUCUGGAAAACUGGUUAAGGGAGAUGGAGAAGCUAUUUACGGCAACAAACUGCUCUGCUGCCGAGAUGGUACCUAUUGGGACCUAUUAUUUGAAGAAAGAGGCUGACAAUUGGUGGAGUACGGUGAAGGAUGUGUGUAUGGCUACUGCUGGAUUUGGGUGGACUCAGUUCUCCGCCAAGCUGAAAGAGAGAUUUUACCCUCAUGAGUUGCGCUGGCAAAAGCAGGAAGAAUUUCUAUCUCUGACUCAAGGGAGUAUGGACAUCCAGAAGUACACCGACCGCUUUACGGAGCUGUCUAAAUUUGCUGGUACUGUCAUUCCCACCGAAGCUGAGAGGGUUAAGAGAUAUAUAAAGAAGAUGAAUCCGAGGGUGAGGACCCUGGUGCUGUGUUCAGGGGUUACUACAUUUCAAGCUGCUUAUGAGAUGGCCCUUAGUGUUCAUGCUUCAGUGAGAGAGGAAGAAGCUGUUAAGGCCGCAUCUGUGAGGAAGCCUUGCCCGUCUGUUGCUCCUGGUCCGGCUAAGAAGCCGAGGUUUGAGUCGGGUUUCUGUGGUGGAUACCAAGGCUCCGGUUCCAGGCAGGGUUCUGAUCCGUCCAAGUGUCGGAGGUGUGAGAAGCCUUUACAUCCGGGAAGGGAUUGUGAGGGUGCUGCUAUUGUUUGCUUCUAUUGUAGAGAGGCGGGUCACAAGAGUUAUGAGUGUCCGAAGAAUCCGAGGGCUACAACUAAGCCCCCUGUUCCUCCUAGUCAAUCUGCUCCGCCAAGGAAUCGGGUUUACAGUAUGACUCAUUCUGACGCCGAUGUUCAUCCCGACGUCAUCUCUGGUACCAUUCUUGUUAAUUCUGUUCAUGCUUCUGUAUUGUUUGAUUCUGGUGCUUCUGUGUCUUGUGUGUCUAAAUCGUUUGCCAAGAAAGCUAAUUUGACUUCAAGUUCUCCUAUUCGAACUCUUAUUUCUCUACCUUCUGGUGAGAAUUACCCUUGUUUGGCCGAGUACUGUGGAGUGCCUAUCCCUAUGUUGGGUAUUGAGCUGUCCUGCCGAUCUCAAGGCAUUCUCCAUGGUCGAGUUUGA